GCAAGGAAGAGGGAAGAACCCAGGUGGCAGAGAAGGAACGAAGAAAGGCAAGAAUGGCCCCUCUUGGAUUGCCUCCUGGUUUUAGGUUUCAUCCCACUGAUGAAGAGCUUGUCAACUACUAUCUCAAGCGGAAGAUCAAUGGCCAAGAGAUCGAACUCGACAUCAUCCCCGAGAUCGAUCUCUACAAAUGUGAGCCUUGGGAAUUGGCAGAGAAGUCAUUUUUGCCGAGUAGAGACCCGGAGUGGUACUUCUUUGGACCCCGAGAUCGAAAGUAUCCUAACGGGUUCAGGACAAACAGGGCAACGCGUGCGGGAUAUUGGAAGUCCACGGGGAAGGACAGGAAAGUCUCGAGCCAGAAUAGACCAAUUGGUAUGAAGAAGACAUUGGUUUACUAUAGAGGCCGAGCUCCUCAAGGAGUCAGGACCGACUGGGUGAUGCACGAAUAUCGCCUCGAUGACAAGGAAUCUGAAGACACCUCUGGAAUUCAGGAUUCAUAUGCACUCUGUCGUGUGUUCAAGAAAAAUGGGUUUGGCAAUGAAGUGGAAGACCAAGGCCAAUGGAGCUUGUCCUUCGUGGAGAGCUCACAAGGUGUAGUCAUGAGCCAUGAGUGGGAAAACAACUCACCAGAUGUCCCAAUUGCAUCAUCCUCGUGCAUAGAUCAAGAGGAUGACAAGGAUGAUUCAUGGAUGCAGUUCAUCACCGAUGAUGGGGGCUGGGGCACAUCAAACCCUAAUGCUCCUCCAAUGGGUGGAGAUUUUGGGGAAGAAGUGUCUCCCUUGAAUUUUUCAAAUUGAGGAGGGUGAUGCCUAAUUUAUUGUGAUUGGUGGGGGAGAAUAACAAGGAAAUUACAAGUUCUUAUUCUGAUUAACUUAAUUACAGUGUCAGCAAGUUUAUUUAAUCUUUGAUUUUUUUGGGGGGGAUUUCUAAUUUGGCAUACGACUGUAUCCUUUUCUUAUUUCUUUCUGUUUAAUUUUUGUCAUUGUGGUCUCUUUCUUGGUGGUGGCUUCUGCAAGAAACAAAGCUGUGAGCAUGACUUGGGUUAUUUUGACAAUCAUGUGUUUUGUGGUCA